AUGACACAAAUGGCCAGAAUUCUGUACAUGGCGACUUCUAUCCUGUUCAAAAUUUCCACGUUCGUUUCCUCGGCACGGAUUUAUCCUCAAAAUGAAGUUACUUUGCUGGAUUCCAAAUCAGUACAAGGGGAACUUGGAUGGGUUGCGAGUCCAGCAGAAGGAGGGUGGGAGGAGGUGAGCAUCAUGGAUGAGAAGAACACGCCCAUCCGUACCUACCAGGUGUGCAACGUGAUGGAGCCCAGCCAGAACAACUGGCUCCGGACGGACUGGAUCCCCCGCGGCGGGGCGCAGCGGGUCUACAUGGAGAUCAAGUUCACCCUGCGGGACUGCAACAGCCUGCCCGGCGUCAUGGGCACUUGCAAGGAGACCUUCAACUUGUACUACUACGAGUCCAACAACGACAAGGAGCGCUACAUCCGCGAGAACCAGUUUGGCAAGAUCGACACCAUCGCGGCCGAUGAGAGCUUCACCCAGGUGGAUAUCGGGGACCGGAUCAUGAAGCUGAACACGGAGGUGCGGGAUGUGGGGGUGCUGACGCGGAAGGGCUUCUACCUGGCCUUCCAGGAUGUGGGCGCCUGCAUCGCCCUGGUCUCCGUGCGGGUCUUCUAUAAGAAGUGCCCUCUGACGGUGCGCAACCUGGCGCAGUUCCCCGACACCAUCACGGGCACGGACACAUCCUCGCUGGUGGAGGUCAGGGGGUCCUGUGUCAACAACUCGGAGGAGAAGGACGAGCCGAAGAUGUACUGCGGGGCUGACGGAGAGUGGCUUGUGCCCAUCGGAAACUGCUUGUGCAACCCUGGGUACGAGGAUCGCAGCGGAGAGUGCCAGGCCUGUAAAAUGGGAUUCUACCGAGCCCUGGCCUCAGACAGGAGCUGUGCUAAGUGCCCCCUGCACAGCUACUCUGUUAGUGAUGGAUCCACCUCCUGCAACUGUGACAAAGGCUACUUCCGCUCAGAGACCGACCCAGCGUCAAUGCCCUGCACCCGCCCCCCCUCGGCCCCUCAGCACCUCAUAUCCAAUGUGAAUGAGACGUCUGUGAACCUGGAGUGGAGUGUGCCCCUGUCCGCGGGCGGCCGGCAGGACCUCAGCUAUAACGUGGUGUGUAAGCAGUGUGAGGCGGGGCCGGGGGCGGGGCCAGGCAGGUGCCAGCCCUGUGGGAAUGGCGUGCACUUCUCUCCACAGCAGCUCAGCCUGAAGGGGACACGCGUCUCCAUCAAUGACCUGCAGGCGCACACCAACUACACCUUCGAGAUCUGGGCCAUCAACGGCGUGUCCAAGCAACACCCCAGCCCAGAUCAGGCUGUUUCUGUCACCGUGACAACCAACCAGGCAGCGCCUUCUCCGGUCACAUCUAUCCAAGCCAAGGAGAUCACCCGUCACACUGUGUCGCUGGCCUGGCAGGAGCCGGAGAGGCCAAACGGAGUCAUCCUGGAGUAUGAGGUCAAGUACUAUGAGAAGGACCAGAAUGAGCGGAGCUAUCGCAUUAUUAAAACGGCUUCCCGAAACGCAGACAUCGGCGGCCUGAGCCCCCUCACCUCCUACGUGUUCCACGUGCGCGCGCGCACAGCCGCAGGCUACGGCCCCUUCAGUGGCCCCUUUGAGUUCAGCACUAACUCUGUUCCCUCCCCUAUUGUAGGUGAAGGGGCGAGCCCCACGGUGCUGCUGCUGUCGGUGCUCAGCAGUGUGGUCCUGCUCAUCAUCCUCAUCAGCGCCUUCAUCGUCAGCAGGAGGCGGAGUAAGUACAGCAAAGCCAAGCAGGACGCAGAUGAGGAGAAACACCUGCACCAAGGGGGCAGGAUUUAUGUGGACCCCUUCACCUAUGAGGACCCCAACCAGGCCGUCCGUCAGUUUGCUAAAGAGAUAGACGCCUCCUGCAUAAAGAUUGAGAAAGUGAUCGGGAUUGGGGAGUUUGGGGAGGUGUGCAGCGGGCGACUGAAGUUGGCAGGAAAGCGUGAAAUCUGUGUGGCCAUUAAGACGCUGAAGGCGGGGUACACCGAGCGGCAGAGGCGGGACUUCCUGAGCGAGGCCAGCAUCAUGGGCCAGUUCGACCACCCCAACAUCAUCCACCUGGAGGGCGUGGUCACCAAGUGUAAGCCAGUGAUGAUCAUCACAGAGUACAUGGAGAACGGAUCGCUGGACGCAUUCCUGAGGAAGAAUGACGGCCGCUUCACGGUGAUCCAGCUGGUGGGGGUCCUGAGAGGCAUCGGCUCCGGGAUGAAGUACCUGGCAGACAUGAGCUACGUGCACCGCGACCUGGCCGCCCGUAAUGUCCUGGUCAACAGCAACCUGGUGUGCAAGGUGUCCGACUUCGGCAUGUCCCGUGUGCUGCAGGACAACCCUGAGGCUGCCUACACAACCCGGGGGGGUAAGAUCCCUAUAAGAUGGACGGCUCCAGAGGCCAUUGCUUACCGGAAGUUCACCUCUGCUGCAGAUGUCUGGAGCUACGGCAUUGUCAUGUGGGAAGUGAUGUCAUAUGGUGAGCGGCCAUAUUGGGACAUGAGCAACCAGGAUGUGAUUAAGGCCGUGGAGGAGGGGUACCGGCUGCCCCCCCCCAUGGAGUGUCCGGUGGCCCUGCACCAGCUGAUGCUGGACUGCUGGCAGGAGCAGCGCAGCGACCGGCCCAAAUUCAGCCAGAUAGUCAACAUGCUGGACAAGCUGAUACGCAACCCCAACAGCCUGAAGAGAACUGGGGGAGAGACCACACGGCCUAACACUGCCCUGCUGCAGCCCAGUGUCCCAGAGAGCUCAGUGCUGGGCUCGGUAGCAGACUGGCUGCAGGCCAUGAAGAUGGACCGGUACAAGGACAACUUCGCCGCCACUGGCUGCACCACUCUAGAGGCUGUCGUGCGGAUGACAGAGGAUGAUCUGGCCAGAAUUGGAAUCACCUCAGCUGCACACCAGAACAAGAUCCUCAGCAGCAUCCAGGGAAUGCUGUCCCAAAUGCAGCAGAUACAAGGCAGAAUGGUUCCUGUUUGAGCCAAGAAAUAAACAAACUAUAAACUGCUUUCUUUGAAGGAAAGACUCAUGAAACAGUAAAAUAGUUUACCUUAUCCAUGCACUUUAUAAAAGAAGAGAAGACAAGAGCCCUUUGAAAUGCAGAUUUUGUUGGUGAUUGGAGGGAGAGCUCUAGAGGCCAGACUGAUUUGUCCUCCUGCAGUUGAGCUGGAGGGCGUGUCCUGGGGGGCGUGUCCUGGGGGCGUAUUCGUGGACAUUAUUUUUUUGUGUAUAAAUUGUUCUGUGUGCGUUGCUGCCGCUCUGUUGCUACUGGGCUCAGCGUGGGUCCUGGCCGGCUGCUCAGAGGGGCGCUUGCUGCUGUUGCUGUUGCUUUCCUGUUUCGCUGGAUUGAAGUAUUUUUCGCCCUUGGGGCAUUUUGGGAAAGUUUUUUUUUAAACGUUCUGAGCCCC